CGGAGAACUCGAACGGAGCAACGGAGAACUGCGCGCGCCUCGCCUUUUUUCCCUCCAUCCCACAUUCCCACCACGAUCGCAAUGGGGUGGUACGAUCGCGGCAUCUAGGGCAGGCCACCCGGCUCGCCUCCACCCUUCCUCUCCCCUUCCAAAUUUAGCUCCUCGCCUCCGGCAUCACCGCGCUCGCUCGCGUCCCACCUUCGUCCCCAGCCGCCGGACGGCAGCCGGCCGGCCGGCCGGCCGCGACCCGGAUCAGAGGGCUCGUCGUCGCAUCGCGCGCGGCGGCAUUACAUCGAACAUUGAUCGAUCCCGGCGGCCGAUCGACCGGAGCUGUACGUCCCGCGGGGGAUGGACGACCUGAGGGCGAGCCUGGCGCGGCCGAUCCAGCUCGCGGAGCAGCUGAUCAAGUGGGCGGACGAGGCGCAGGCGUGCCGGUCCGAGUGCCAGGACCUCAGGUCCCGGAUCGAGCGCCUCUCCACGCUGCUCCGGCAGGCGGCGCGCGCCGAGCUCUACGAGCGCCCCUCGCGCCGCAUCCUCGGGGACACGGACAGGGCGCUCGACAAGGCCGCCGCGCUCCUCGAGCGCUGCUGCGGCCGCGGCAUCCUCCACCGCGUCUUCACCAUCAUCCCCGCGGGCUCCUUCAAGAAGGCCGCCCACCUGCUCGACAACUCGCUCGGGGACCUCACCUGGAUCCUCCGCGUCUCCAGCUACGCCGCCAACGACGACGACGACGACGACGAGGACGACCACAUCGGCCUGCCCCCCAUCGCGCAGAACGAGCCCAUCCUCUUCCUCAUCUGGGAGCAGAUCGCCGUGCUGCAGUACGGCGGCCUCGAGGCCCGCGCCGACGCCGCCGCCAGCGUCGUCUCCCUCGCGCGCGACAACGACCGCUACGGCAAGCUCAUCAUCGAGGAGGACGGCGUCCCGCCGCUGCUGCGCCUCAUCAAGGAGGGGCGCGCCGACGCGCAAGAGAGCGCCGCGCUCGCCAUCGGGCUCCUCGGCCGCGACCCCGAGUGCGUCGACCUCAUGAUCCUCGCCGGCGUGUGCACCUCCUUCGUCAAGAUCCUCAAGGACGCGCCCAUGAAGGUGCAGGGCAUGGUGGCUUGGGCCGUCUCCGAGCUCGCCGCCAACCACUCCAAGUGCCAGGACGCCUUCCUGCAGCACAACGUCAUCCGCCUCCUCGUCUCCCACCUCGCGUUCGAGACGGUGCAGGAGCACUCCAAGUACGCCGUCGCCUCCAAGAUGUCCAUCCACUCCGUGGUCUUGGACAAGAAGACCAACGACAGCUCGCAGGAGCCGCCCGACGUCGGGGUGCAAGCCACCACCAGCGCGGCGAAACCCACCGUGGGCGGGGGCGCGACAGGCGCUGGUUCGAGCGCGGCAGUUCCCGGCCCCAGCAGCGCCGCAAGCAGACCCGCCGGCAUCGCCGGGACGAGGAUGCACAACGCGUCCAUGUCGGCGACGAGCACGCGGGGGAGGGAGUACGAGGUCCCGGAGAUCAAGGCCUACCUCAAGUCCCACGCCGCCCGGGCGCUGGGCACGCUCGCCACGGGCAACCCCGCCAUCUGCAAGAACAUCACCGAGUCGAGGGCGCUGCUCUGCUUCUCGAUCCUCCUCGAGAAAGCCACGGGCGACGUGCAGUACAACUCAGCGAUGGCGCUCGUGGAGAUCUGCCGCGUCGCCGAGCAGCACCCCGAGCUCCGGCGGUCGGCGUUCAAGCCGACGUCCCCGUCGGCCCGCGCCGUGGUGGACCAGCUCCUCCGCGUCGUGGACAAGGCCGACUCCGACGACCUCCUCGUCCCCUGCAUCACGUGCCUGGGAUGCCUGUCGAGGACGUUCCGCGCGACGGAGAAGAGGGUCAUCGGGCCGCUCGUCAGGCUCCUCGACGAGCGGGAGUCGGAGGUGACCCUGGAGGCCGCGUCGGCGCUGACCAAGUUCGCGUCCACGGACAACUACCUGCACGUCGACCACUGCACGUCCAUCAUCGCCCACGGCGGCGCCAAGCACCUGGUCCAGCACGUCUACUUCGGCGAGCAGGGGGUCCAGACGGCGGCGCUCAUCCUCGUCUGCUUCCUCGCGCACAACGUCCCAGACAGCGACGACCUCGCGCAGGCCGAGAUCCUGACGGUGCUCGAUUGGGGCUUGAAGCAAGGGUACAUGUCGCAGGAUCCCUUGAUCGAGAGCUUGCUGCCCGAGGCCAAGAUUAGGAUGGAGCUCUACCAGUCCAGAGUAGCCAAAGGGUACUAUUGAUCAAACAGUUUCUGUUGCAGAGAGGCAAUGUUACCAGGACAACGGAAUGGCCUGCUCCUGUUCACAUCAGCUGACUACUGUAUAUAUAUAGAUUCAGGUUCUUGAUACCAGAGGCGAUCCGUACAGAUUUUUGUUCUGAGGAUAUCAGAAAAGUUUUGUUUUGUAGGCUAUUUAUGCUCAAUCUCAACUUGUAUCUCAUUUGGUGAUGAACAGAGCAUAUAUAGCUAGCCCCUUUUAGGGGACCGGGAGAUCAUUAGCCCUUGAUACUGGAGUCAGUCUGUAAACUUUUGUUAGAGGAUAUGAGAAGUUUUGUAGGCUUAAUUUGAUGUUUGCACUUGAGUUUUUCCUGUAUCUCUUUUGGUGAUGAAAAGAAAGAAGUACAGCCCCUUCCUGGGGGAGAUUAGCAUGUUGUACUCUGACUUGAUGUAUAUUAGGUCUUCAUUUACUGAGAAGAAUUUAUUUGA